CUCAUACUGAAAAUAAGGAAUGCCAUCUUUGUUUGUGAAAUUCGUUUGAUAUUCCCCCAAUACCCCCACCAUGUCUCGUUGCGAAUUUUCAACACGCAUUAUACCAGCAACUUGUGCCUGGACACUCCUUCUGGGGGCAUCGGGGUUUUUCUUUGCAUUUAUAUGUCCCUAUCUGUUACAUCAUUUUAGCAUAGCCAUCCCCAUCUACCAAGGUAUCUUGUGUGUAUUUGUCAUCGCCAACUUUGGGCUAGCCACCUUUAUGGAUCCAGGGAUAUACCCCAGUGCACAUGAAGAUGAAGCGAGAGACGAUGAUUUUCGUACACCACUCUACAAAAAUGUAGAAAUAAAAGGAAUAACUGUGCGGAUGAAAUGGUGUACGACCUGUCAGUUCUACCGACCCCCUAGGUGCUCCCAUUGUAGUGUGUGUAAUAAGUGUAUAGAGACAUUUGAUCAUCACUGCCCCUGGGUAAACAACUGCAUAGGAAGGAGAAACUACCGAUAUUUCUUCCUAUUUUUAGGCUCAUUAUUUUUUCAUAUGAUCAGUAUAUUUUCAUUGUGUCUCCUUUAUGUUUUAAAUCACAAAAACAAUUUAAGCGACGUUGGAUGUAUAGUAGGUAUGAUAGAUAUGAUAAUUAUUGGUUUAUUACUGGUCCCUGUGGGUGGCCUCACAGGGUUCCACCUCGUCCUGGUGUCACGAGGAAGAACAACUAAUGAACAGGUAACAGGGAAGUUUAAAGGCGGACACAAUCCAUUUACACGAGGGUGUUCAGAAAACUGUAAAUAUGCCAUUUGUGGGCCUCGAUGGCCUAGACUUGUAUCGUAUGUGCCUAAGACGAGGACUGUUCAAAUAGACUCUGCUAAGGUAGUGUACCAGGCCGCAGACAAAGAUAUCAAACUUUACACAGACGCAAACACCAACGGGGUCAAACGUAACACAGCAGUUGUCAACCGAAAUGCCCCCCUCACCACACUCCUUCUGGACGAUGAAGACUCACAGAGCUUGGACAGCCAGACAAGUCUAGGGGCUAAUAUCCGCUCAGACUCUUACACAAAUCUUUUUGACACUUCCCAACAGUCUGUGUCGACACUGCCUUCACAGCCGACAUCCGUGGGUGCAACACUUCAUGCGAAUCACACCAAUCACACAGCACAGCGUGGAUCUCCCAAGGUGCUUCAACCAAGAAACUAUUAUGACCGAUCGUCUCCGCAGAGAGGGCGACGAGGCAUGUCAAAGGCACCUAUGGCCACACCUGAAGAAUCUCUAAUCGCUACCUCACCAAUGGAUAAAGGGAUUCCACCCAGACAUGCUCUAAAUAGUCCGGGGUCUGAGCGUGCCCCGUAUAUAUCCAAUGGGCGGCAGAGCAACAGUAAAGGCCAGUGGAAUGAAGGAUCACGUUACCAGCCAUAUGAAUCCCAACAGAAGCGCCCUGGAGAUUCCCAGUUCCAAAUAAGUAGUUCUCAGUCAUACCCUGCCCAACUGAGGGCAGGGGGCUCUACUGCCCCUAAAUCAAGUGCUUCAGCUCCCCAGUAUCCUCCCACAGGUUACAGUGCUCGCUCAUACAAAAACAAUGGCUUCACAAGUGGUGAUCGUGACACCCCUCGUGGCCGUGAGCGGGUACCACACAGUAGAUCUGAUAAUAUCUCCACAGGGCGACCGUAUACUGCAUCCAAUCAGUCCAGCUCUGACAUACGACCCAAACGCUCUUAUGAAGCGCUUCCCUCUGAUCAAAAACGGUCACACUCAUCACAACAACCCACAGUGCCCAAAUCUCGGACACUGCCGACCCAGGGGGCAGAACCCUAUUUUCCAGACGACGACUACAGAGCUAACCCAAGGCGCCCGAUGUCAUUUGUGAAAGCUUUAGAAAUGAGUGAAAUUGUAGAACAAAAAGAAAAACAGCAACAACAAGUACAAAAAACACCACCUCAAAGUACUGCUUUCUCAAAUAGUUCCUAUUCAAAUAUAGCCAGUGGAGGCAGCGAGAGACACUCCCGCCCAGGGAGAUCAGUCCCUCUCCAGGGGGGCCGGUCAGCCCAUCCUCCCCACGGACAACCUCGGGGCAGAGACAGAAGUCGGGAUGACAAAAAAAAGAGUCUGUAUGACUCUAGCUUUGAAGUGUCAGUGUGAUAGUACAUGUUAAUUAAUGACACUUCAGGCAAUUUGUAACAGCUGUUGUGAUUGGUGGACCUUCCUGUCUGUUUGCAUUUUGAUAAUUCAUUUUAAAAGAGACAUCAUCAUUGGUCCAUUUGUGUACCAUAUGAUGUAUGAAUGAAUCCUUCCACUUUUAAAUUCAAUGUUUUUUCCAUCCUUUAUAGAUAUAUAGGAUGGAAGCGUGUGUGGAGUGUGUUAUAAUGGAAGUAUGUUUUUAGGUAUGACUGUGUAUGUACAGUGUUUUCCUAUAUUAGGGGAAAUUUACUCUUGUAAAUUAUAGAACAACAAUUGUGAGGAAAGUUUAUUGUUUAUUUAUCAUUAUGUAUAAAUCUUGGACCAGUCUUUACUCAGGCUCGUAUGAUGAUUCCAGUUCCAGUACGGAGCCAUUUGAUAUAACAAAAAUAGGUGAGCAAGGUUGACAAAUACAAAAAUUUCUUAAAUUAUGUGAUUUUCAAAAAUCCUAAGAUUUGUUGACUUCUGAAACAUUUAAAUCUGGUCACUGUACAGUUGUAAUAUUGUCUGUUGGGAUGGACAAUCAUGUAGAUAUUGAUAAACUCCAAAUUUGAUGUUGUUAAUACAAAUCACCAUAUGUUUGUCCCGAGAGAUAAUUGGUCCAUCGUGUGUAAGUACAAAUAACCAUAUGUUUGUCCCGAGAGAUAACUGGUCCAUCGUGUGUAAGUAUAGAUAAGUUACAUGCCUGUUAAUACAAAUCACCAUAUGUUUGUCCCGAGAGAUAACUGGUCCAUCGUGUGUAAGUAUAGAUAAGUUAUAUGACUGUUAUAAGAUUCUAAGCUUGUUUUUCACCAAUCAGAUUUUAUAUUGCUAAAUAUGGCUUGUACCAAAAAUAAUAACGCAUGAGUUUAAGGUAUAUCAAUGGAUUAAAUUUGUCAGUUAACUUAUUUGCUUCUAUUAAGUUGUCUUCCCUGGCACUGAUUUAAUUCAUAGACAUGCAUCUGGAUCAAAUAUUGAAUACUUGAACAUUAAGGGUCAGUAUCAUAUGUAAAAAAUAUUUCAAAAUUACUUAUACAUUUGUACUGUAUUCAUUGUACAGAGAGCUUGGUAUCAGGUAUACCCCCUUAAUUUAGAAUGGGUUAGAUCACGGAAAGCAGUAUAUAUUCUACAACUGUAGGGAAACUGGUAUAAAGAAAACUUGCAUAAAUUUAUAAAUUUAUAUUUCCUAUUAAAAUUAUGAUAUUCAAUAUAGGCAUAAAAAUAUAUCUGAGGAAGUCUUUCAAGUUUUUUUCAUGUUCAAAACAGUUAUGAUAAUCCCCCAUCCUAUCCCUUAUAUUCAAAUCAGUAAGAUUGCCUUUUUCAUUUUUUUCCGAUAACUUUUCGAAUUAUAAAAACAGUUUUGGUUGUUAUUUCCACCAUGUCUCCAUUCUUGAGUUUAAAGCUUGAUAUCCCACUUCAUAUAUUGUUAAUUAUAUAACGUUGAUACCUUUUAUGGUUUUCUCAAAUGAAAGCUAAGCAAGCUACAUUGUAUGUGAUUUUCAAGAAUCUGCUAUCAUAUUGGUUUGAUGAUCUAAAUAAUUGAACCCUUUUCAAAUCUUUAUUGUGUGCUAAUUUAUCAUGAUGGUAGUUGCAAGGAUGAAUAUAGUACCGUGUAUAAGCAAAUGAUGUUUAGAUUAAAUCAAAUUAUUCAGAACUGGCCUUUGUGCAAUUGUUCUACAAAUGUAUUUAAAUGAAAGAAUGGAUGGGGGUGGGGGUGUCACAAAUUUUCUGAUGGUUUUUUUUAUAUGUUACAGAAUUUCAUGAUUGAUUUGUAUAUUAAUUGACCAGUUGGUGGGGAAGAUAUGAACUUGCAUGACUUGUAUCAGUUUUCACAGAACGAACCAGUUACAUUAUUUGUCAUAUACAUGUA